GUCAUCAGAUUCUUUAAGUUUAAAAUUGCAUAUACUCCCAUUUGUAUUCUUGUUUCUGUUCUUUGUUUCUUAUACGACAUCAUAGAACAUGGUUGGCAAGAUCAAUUAUAGAAAAGCUGAAAUAGAAGAUGUGGGUGCGGUCGCUGAUUUUGUAGUGGGCUGUAUCCGAUUUGCAUUCACGCAAAAGAUGAAACUCGGUCCGCAAGAAUAUUAUAAAUCAGACAAAUUUCCAGAAGACUAUUUACAAAUUAGGCAAAACAGUCUAGGCAGCCCUACAACAAUGUCAAGUAUGGCUAUCGACUCUGAAACAAAUCAAGUGGUGGGAUAUAUAGAAUUUGGUCCAAAGAAAGCUUACUUGAAGGAUUUGGAUUGCCAAUCAGAGAUAUUGUGUUACUUUGUUGGCCCUCAGACUCAAGGGCAAGGGGUUGGUAGAGCCUUAUUGGCAAACAUUAUCCAGCUAGCAAAUGAUUCGGGAAAAUUUACGAUCGGCCACAACAGUGUUGGCAUAUUGACACUGAGAGGCAAUCCAAGCAUCACAGGUUUUUACAAACGAAUCGGAGCAUUUCCUGCACAGGAUCAUGAUUGGAACGUAAGUACAGAAAGAUUUGCUUUGAUGAGUUAUUGUUAAUCUGAUAACACUGCUUUUUCCCCACAUGACAGGCCGGGUCGAUCAAUAUUGGCGCUACCCUUCUUCUUUGGGACGCGAAAUCUGUUGAGGUUUUUAUGAAGUCCUUCUUUGGAUAAAAGUGGAAAAAGUCGCACAUCCGUGAGACUUCUUAUAGAGAUGUCCGCAUGCAUAUAGUAAACAAUAU